AUGGGAGACAAGCUUGUUUGGGAGCAGAUUGGAUUCAGCUUUGUGCAACAUUACUACCAGAUAUUUAAUAAUGGCAGAACCCAAUUAGGAGCAGUAUAUAUUGAUACAUCUUGUCCUACAUGGGAAGGGCAGCAAUGCCAAGACAAAGCAGCCAUCAUGGAGAAAUUGUCUAGCCUUUUAUUUCAGAAAAUACAACAUAGCAUCACAGCUCAGGACCACCAGUCCACCCCUGACAGCUGUAUUCUCAGUAUGGUUGUGGGACAGCUAAAGAUAAAGAAAGAUCCCAUCAUGGAAUUCCACCAGAUCUUUCUAUUAAAGAACAUCAAUGAUGCUUGGGUCUGCAUCAGUGACAUGUACAGGCUAGCACUGCACCACUUCGGCUGA